AUGCUGGACCUGCUCCGCACGCUCAUCGAGAUCCUCCGGGCCCACGCCUGGGGGACGCCACGGAGUGGCCCCUGCGCCGUGCAGGUGGACACCCCCUGGCAGUUUCAGGUGGUUUGCGAGAUCUUGGAGCUCAGUCCCAGCCUUCUGCGGAAGCCCCUGGUGCCGCAGGCGAAUCUCUGCAUCUCGCUGCGCUUGCUGGCAGAGCUGGAGGAGGCCGGGCUUCCUGCCAGCUACCAGCCGGAGUUCGGGAUGCGCCGCAUUUCCAGACAGAUCCAGGAGAUGAUAGGUCCUCCAACGCCCCACACCCCGGGCACUGCGGGCACCUCGGGUACGGACCGCAUGGACCGGGAGACCAGCAGCAGCCGCCAGGAGAAGGAGCCGCAACUGCCCAGGGAGGGCGACUACCAGCGUGGCCUCGCGGCGAUCAGCGCCUUCAUCAACGCCGUGAAGGACUACUACCAGGAGUUCGUGCCCCUGAGGGCCCUAGCAGCGGCGAAUAUGUCCUUCUUACUGCAGGCGGAGAAAGCCUUCAAAGAGUCCGGCAAGGUGCAGAGAAUGUCGCUGGGCUUGGAGAACAUGUGUGAGCUGCCGCCAGACUGCAACUCCGUGGAGGGUGUGGUGGAGGCCGCCAACCUCGCGUGUGAGCAGCUCCUAGCCCUUUCUGAGCAGGGUCUUCCCAUCGUACAGCCGCACGUGGAGUACAUCCAUUGUGCAAUAGACAGUGCCGGCCUGGCCAUGCUGAACUACCCUCCUGGUGCGGACCCUUUGCAGCGACUGCGCUGGGCAGAGGGCAUCAUGGCCAUUCAGUUGGCGCCUUUGCCCAUCUUCGACCAGACCUUGCGGAAGGUCGCCAGGUGCAUCGACGAUACGGAGUUAGCAGAGCUGGCAGCACAGACCGAGCCGCCUGAGAACAUGCAGCGGGGAGCCUUGGGCACCGGCGUGGAGCGCCUGCUGGUGCUGAAGCCCAGAGAGUGA